AUGACAGAAGUUACAAAUUCACAAGGCAAAUCUAUUUUAACAGGUGAAGCUUUAACACAUGAACAAGAAAUUGAAUAUAAACAAGCAUUUAAUUUACAAGAUCGUGAUGAAGAUGGUUUAAUAAGUUUAAAAGAAUUAAAUUAUCUAAUUCGUUCAUUAGAAUUUAAUCCAACUGAUAAUGAAAUUCAAUAUUUAAUUGAUCAUAUUAUUGAUGAAGGAAAUAAUUUAAUUGAUUGUAAUCAAUUUUUAAUUAUAAUGUCUAUAUUACAAAAAACUCGAGAUAUUGAUGCUAGAAAUGAAUUACGUGAAAUAUUUAGUUCUAUCGAUACAGAUAAUAAUGGAUUAAUUGAUAGUACAGAAUUACGAAUAAUUAUGCGUGUAAUAACAAGUGGAAGUGAUGAUAUGAAAUUAACAAAAGAAGAACUUGAUGAAAUGAUUGCAGAAAUUGAUAAUGAUAAAGAUGGACGAAUAACGUUUGAUGAAUUUGCUGGUAUUUUUGCAGGACAAAUAUAA